UCCUGUCAGCUUCGGAGCCAUGUGCUCUUCCCAUUCUCAGCUCAACUGGCAGGCUUUCGCAGCCGGUGCUGUCAGUCAUUUUUGUGAGCCGCAUUAAUGAAAUUCACUGGACGCGACAUGUGCAACCUCAUUACCUGCACAUCGUCACAACCCGAUGCCAUUGCAACCUCGACUUUGAUGAAGAAGGAUCGACCGCAAUUUCUGCUUUUUUGCUCGUUUCGGUAAGCAAUUGGGCUCAGUUCAGUUAGUCAGGGAUUUCUGUAACACGGUCUGUCUAGUGUCUGAUGAGCAAAGCUCGAUGGCCUGCCUAGCCGGACUGUAUGUACAUACAACUAAAGAUUAGAUGAUCAAUUCAAUCUGAAUUGACUGUCAGAGUGCCAGAGCAGCAUGUGGGGUCUCGUGCUCAGAGAAUGCAGAUUCUGAAGUACCACUCGCUCUCGAGGUCCUCCCCUGCAGAACGCUACUGAGACCUUUUCUUGACUUUAAGGCGCAGGACGGUCUUAAAGGAGUCGAGCAUUCACUUUGUCUGGGGCAGUACAAGAGUGGACUAUAGAUCGUUGCGCCUUUGCUCUACUAGAAUUGGAACUUUUGAUCGAACUGAGAGGAGCUGGAUUGGGAGUACCCAUUGAUCUGGUGGAGUGAAGGAGUUUUUUCUGCCCGACAGAAAAGUCGUUACAGUCAUGGGUAGAGCGCCGGGUAAUUGCGACGAGAAGGAAGCGGGGCUCCGAAAAGGACCGUGGACGCCAGACGAAGACCGCAAAUUGGUGGCGUACAUCCAAGAGCAUGGGCACGGUAGUUGGCGUGCGCUCCCGAAGAAUGCAGGUCUGAUGAGGUGUGGCAAGAGCUGUAGAUUGAGAUGGACGAACUACUUGCGGCCCGACAUCAAGCGCGGCCGUUUCUCCGAAGCUGAGGAUCAGAUGAUUGUCCAUUUGCACUCGAUUCUUGGAAACAGAUGGUCGACUAUAGCAGCGCAUUUGCCCGGCCGAACUGACAACGAGAUUAAGAAUUAUUGGAACACAUACUUGAAGAAGCGCCUCCUACAAUUGGGGAUCGACCCAGUGACACACAAGGAAUGCAGCACCGCGGACCUUGUGCUAGAGGGCGCAGACAUGAAUCCCUUGGUCUCGUCGACCUUAAGUCACAUGUCGCAAUGGGAUAGGGUUCGCAUGGAGACAGAGGCCAGACUCACCAGCGCCACCUCCUUCAGCAAAUCCGCCGUAGCUGGUGGCAUUAUCCACCCACGGUCAUCCUUCUCUGACCUCGAAGCUGUCUUGCAGCGAGUUCUCGGAAGUGAUACAUUCAUGGGCCCCUGGAAAUCUCAAGUCGCUACAGACAGUGCAAGUCAGCCGAUUCCAGGUGCUGCUAGUCAAGCUGUAUUUGCAGACCUCCAGAACGUGUUCCAAGGUUUAGAAGCUUCAUCUCCUUCUUCUGCAUCCUUCGAGAGCUUGUAUAGCGCAUGCGCGAAUCAGCUGGCUGAGUCGAGUUCCAUGAACAGCCAUGGGAGUGGUCAUGACGACUACCACAGCCCUGUCUCCAGCACAAUUACGAGCUCCAAGCUCCUCAAUCCUAUGUCGCCCACUUCCAUCCUCUCUCCUCUUUCGAACUCCUCCGAUAUACUCUGGGAUUGCAACCAGGACACAUCUUUCUGGCAGACGCAGCAAGUAAACGGCCUGCUCAUGGACUCCAGCACUCAAACGCUUCCAGAGGCGUCAUCGCAUAACUAUGACCAAGACCAGCUCAUUGGUGAGCCAAAUCUAGAUGCCCGCUAUGGCGAUUCAUCAACACGUGAAUCCACUUUGAGAUACCUUCUUCCUGAAAACUGUCACAGCUUCUACAACCUUGACUUUCCCCAAUAUCUAUUGCAAACCAACUGUAAAUCUACCGCAGCCCAAAUUUUAAGUGCGGCGCCACAUAUUAUUGGUAACCCAGUUUCAGGUAGGAAGUAACCUUUUAGUGAAUUAGCUAGCACAUUCUUUUGCACAAAAUAUUGUUAUCUAGAUCUCAGUCGGUCCGAUACAUUAUACCUACUAUGCUUGAGCUGAAGCUUACUUCAAUUUGGACCUCCAAUUACACUAGCAGGGGUAGAUUAUGAAGGAACCCCUUAUAGGAAUUCGAUGACUAAUUCUUUCGUUCAGAUUAUGCAUGUUCUUGUGACAUGAGAUGUUAUAGGGUUAGUCCAACCCUGAGUUACAUAAAAAUAUGAUGAACUCUCGUGCUCACAUGCACAUGGUUCUCUUGCGAAUUCGUUGUUU